UUUCAGCACACUCUAACAGGCCACUGCGGGAAGGUGAUGGCGGCGAAGUUUCUUGGCGAGCCUUCAAAAGUAGUUACCGGCAGUUACGAUCGUACCCUAAAAAUUUGGGACCUGCGUAGCAAAGCGUGCAUAGAAACAAAGUUUGCGGGUUCCAGUUGCAACGAUCUUGUAACUUCCGACGGUGCAGGCUCGACGAUAAUUAGUGGCCAUUUCGAUCAAAGAAUUCGAUUUUGGGAUACCAGAGCUGAAUCGAGUUCGAACGACAUUUUACUCGAAGGAAAAGUCACAUCUCUAGAUUUAUCCCGUGAUGCAAAUUACCUUUUGAGCUGUGUCAGAGACGACACGUUGAAACUCAUUGAUCUGCGAAUGAAGAAGAUCAUUGGAUCAUUUAGCGCCGAUGGCUUUAAAGUUGGCUUUGAUUGGACACGAGCAAGUUUUAGUCCGGAUGGCCAGUACAUAGCGGUUGGCUCUUCAGACGGAUCCGUUUUCAUUUGGUCUGUCGCCACGAACAUGAUUGAAACCGUGCUGAAAAACCAUUCAGCUGUGGUGACAGCGGUUUCCUGGCAUCCUCACGGCACCUACCUUGCAUCAGUGGACAGGGCAAAAACUGUGACAGUGUGGGGCGACCAUGUUUAA